AUGUCUGGUCUGCCGCGUCCUGGAGCUCUUCCAAGUAAAAGGAUGCCUUCUUCCCGACCAGGCUCUAUGCGUCCUCCCCCCAACCCAAUGCGCGGACGAUCUGCUACGCCAUCGCAAAGCGGUCGCACUUCUCCGACCGGAUCAGUUGUCUCCGUUCGAACAGACGGCGGUGUCAAAAGAAAACAGCGCGACUUCGAACAUGGCGAUCAGGAAACUAACAUCAAUGUGGUCGUCAGAUGUCGCGGCCGCAACGAUCGAGAAGUACGGGAGAACAGCGGUGUCGUAGUUCGAACGGAUGGGAUCAAAGGGAAAACAGUCGAUCUCUCGAUGGGACCAAGCGCGCUGAGCAACAAGACAUAUCAGUUUGACAAGGUGUUUUCGUCGUCGGCGGAUCAAACCAUGGUUUUUGAAGAGGUCGUGGUUCCAAUCAUGGAUGAGGUCAUGAGUGGCUUCAACUGUACCAUAUUUGCAUACGGCCAAACUGGCACGGGAAAAACGUACACCAUGUCCGGCGACAUCUCCGAUAUGCUCCCCCUUCCAGACGAUGCUGGUAUCGUCCCUCGCGUUCUCUACUCCCUGUUCGAUCGGCUGGAGGCAGAAGAGUGCGAAAACUCUGUGAAAUGCUCCUUCAUUGAACUUUACAAUGAAGAGUUGCGAGACUUGAUAUCCGCGGAUGACAGCGUCAAACUCAAGAUUUUCGAUGACAAUAACAGAAAGGGUGGCAGCUCGACGAUGGUGCAGGGAAUGGAAGAGUGCCAUCUCAGGACCGCGUCACAAGGCAUCCAGCUCCUUCGACAAGGAAGCCAUAAGCGCCAAGUUGCUGCGACCAAGUGCAAUGACCUCAGCUCCCGAAGUCAUACUGUCUUUACAAUCACCGUGUUCAUGAAACGCCAGGGUGACGAUGGACAGGAAUACAUGAGUGCAGGAAAAUUAAACCUGGUGGAUUUGGCAGGUAGCGAAAACAUCCAGCGAAGUGGAGCCGAGAACAAGCGGGCCGCAGAAGCCGGUCUCAUCAACAAGAGCUUGUUGACCCUUGGGCGAGUCAUCAAUGCCCUCGUUGAAAAGAGCGCCCACGUACCAUAUCGGGAAUCAAAAUUGACUCGACUUCUUCAGGACUCCUUAGGCGGUCAGACAAAGACAUGUAUUAUCGCCACUCUAUCGCCAGCCAAGAGCAAUCUUGAAGAGACAAUAUCGACGCUCGACUAUGCUUUCCGCGCAAAGAACAUUCGCAACAAACCCCAAGUCAACCAAGCAAUCUCGAAGAAAACUCUCUUAAGGGAGUUUACCGUAGAGAUCGAGAAAUUGAAGAGUGAGCUUAUUGCUACAAGGCAACGGAAUGGUGUUUAUCUCACGCAAGAUGCAUACGAGGAAUUCAAAACCGAGAGCGAGUCGUUGAAGAUAUUGAGUGACGAGCAGCGGGAAAAGCUAGAGACCAUGGAGAUCAAUCUCCGCAACAAGGUCCAGGAUCUCUAUACUCUGACGAACAAUUUCAACAGCCUCAAAAAAGACAAUGAGCAGGUCAAGCUCACCUUGGAAGGCACCAAAGGUAUUCUCGAAAAGACCGAGGUCGUGCUAGAGCACACUCGGCAAAAUCUCACCGAGGAAACAACACUACGAAAGGCACACCAGAAGACCGAAGCAGAACUUGCCCAAGUGGGACAGGACAUGAUUUCGACUCUUUCGAAGACAACCUCUGAUAUCGACGGGUUGCGCUCCAAGAUUCGAAGAAAAUCUGACAUCCAAUCACAAAACAGGCAGAAUUGGGCGUCCUCCAGGACACACGUCAUCGACACGACACGCCUGGUUGAAGACCGAAUAGAACAACUGUAUCAUCAGCAGCAGCACUUGAUGAGCGGUCUCGCAGCCACGAUGCAGAGAUUUGUCAAGGACGAGCUGGAUCAGCUUGGCUCGUCUCAGUCCUUUUUGGGGGAGAAGUUGGAGUUGUUUGACACGUCUGAGAAGGAGGUUAACGAACAAACUGCCAGAGCCCGAGACGACAUGAACCAGGUCCUAGGCGAAAUCAUAAAUCUGAGGGAGGAUGUGAAGCUGAAUGUUGGAGAGGGCCUGAAUGAGUUGUCUGCCGCUGCCGAGAAGAUAUCUGCCAGCAUCAUUACAGAACUAGACGCUUUCCAUACCCAACUUCAUUCAUCGUACGCUGCGCUCGGAAGGGAUUUCAAGAAUACAUUCGAUGAGCUCACCAAAGGUUUAAACGAACAGCAGGUGGAGAAUGACCGGUUGCACCAACAUAUGAAAGAAGCAAAUGCAGCGUUGAUCGAAUCGAAUAAGUUGACUAGGCAUCGCCUGGUGGAGCUGGUGGAUGACGAAAAACAAAAGGCGGCCGAAGAGCGGCAGCAAUUGCUAUCUCAGAUCACGUCGCUGCUCAGCAGUACUGCGGAUGCACAAGAGAAAAGGUUGACCGACCGCGUUUCCCGCCUCAGGGAGGACCUGGAGAUGGCGGACAUGGCGUACGAAUCUGAACAGAUGACUUACAACGAGGGCAUGUCGGCGUGGACAUCGAAGUCCAAGGAGAUUCUAGUCGGGGUUACCAGGUCAAGGGAUGCCGUCAAAACAAAACUUAAAGCGGACUUUGCUGCAGCAACGGAGCACUCAACGUCCAUCAAGGAGACGACAACGUCUGUGCAUGCUAGCACCAUUAAGACCGUUGAGGCGCAAAUGGCACACAUGGACACCCAGCUUCAUUCGCUCGACGAUAUCGUAACUCGGACUCGCGCUCAGAACGAUAGCCACCACAAAGCCCACACCACGUCUCUCGGCGCACUAUCGUCCACGGUUCUAUCAUCGUACUCUAGCAUAGGCGAUCAUCUGUCUGCUUCGUUCGCCCGGGUGCAAACCCUUGAGUCUGAAGUGCUGGCACAGGCAACGGCACUUCAAGAAACAUUGCCCAGCCUUGCCGAGGCAGCAACGAUCAGGGCGCCUUUGGAAGAGCUCCGCAACGAGAUUUUCAACAGGAAACUCGUCGAGUAUAAUCCAACGGGUGAGACCCCCCAGAGAGUCAACUACUUGGUUCCCACGGACCUACCACGCACCGAAUCUCAUGAGACUUUGCUAUCUCGUCUACGCGAUCGGCCUGCAUCGUCCGAUUCAACUUCUAGCCCCACGAAAUGCCUGGUCUUCAACGACGCCACCAACUCGACCUCUCCGCCAGACGACCUCUUCUCACUACCUUUGGCCAAACCUACCUUUUCCCGCUCGGUGAUGCCAACCCAUGAAGGUACAGGCAUGCCCAGCGUGCCUCCGCCGUCGCUGCGCGAGUUAGACAUUAACAUUGUUCCACAGGCUGCAAAUCAGGACGCAGCCUCAUCUUGCCAACCUGUGUCCCCGUCAGCAGUACACUCAUCAAGCAACUGUUCCGAGUUACCACCCAUGAAGAAGCACAACCGCGGCAACGGAGGUGGCGCUGAUGGGGAGAGUAAAUUGCCUAUGAAGAAGAUGGCGCGGAAGACGGUGGCCGGUUUGGGGGAUGGGAAGGGAGAUCGUGAGAACCUAUCGAUCACGAGUUUCUCGAGCAGCAUAGGGCCUGGCACGAUGGGCGGCAGGCGGUUAAGAAGUCACGGAAGUACCUGA